GUGUUCAGAGGGUUCAUUGCCAGUGGGGGUCGUUUGGCAGUUGGUCAGAAUGUGAUCCGUGCACCAAACUACAGACGAGAAGCCGGGCCAUGGCUGUCUACGUUCAGUUUGGUGGGAACCCCUGCGAUGGCGGGCGGACGGAGACCAGGUCCUGUGAAACCACGCAAGGUUGCCCCUUGGAGGACGGAUGUGGAGACAGGUUUCGUUGUCAAUCAGGAAAGUGUGUCAGCAAGUCUCUGCUGUGUAACGGAGAUCAGGACUGUGAAGGAGACGGACUCGACGAACGAGUCUGUGAUGCUAUCAAAUACAUUAUAUGUGGAGUUCAACCCAUAACUCCGCCUAACAUUGAUUUGAUUGGACUUGGGUUUGAUGUGGUGACCGGAAAGACGAGAGGCAGUGUCAUCAACACAAAGAGCUUUGGGGGUCAGUGUCGAUCCGUCUUCAGUGGCGUCAACAACAGGCUCUAUCGGCUGCCUCUCAGUACCAUUCAGUACAACUUUUUG